AUGAGUCUCCUAACGACGACGCUGCUCAACCCCCGCAACUUCCGACUCGUCAUCGCCGCUCUGGCAACGACCUGCAUUCUCUCCGUCCUGCUCUUCUUCCCCCCGGGGUCCCAGAUCUCCACCACUUCCCUGGACGUCAAACCAGCAGCGGGGACAUCAGCCCUCCAAACCAGCGCCGUCCCCUCGACCUCAACCGUCGCCGACCUCACGCCGGCCGAAACCGCCCUCCUCACCGACCUGACGCAGUACUUCGCCGACCACCCGAUCCAAAAGCCCUACAAGGAGAAAUACGGCGAACUAGGCCGCCGGCUGCGCAUCGUGCGGGACUGGCUGACCCUGGCGCAACAAGCGCGCAACAACCCGACCACGCGCGCCGUCUACGCCGACGCCGUCGAACAAGUGGCCCGCGCGCAGUUCCCUUUCCUCACGCACCCGGACAACCCCACCACGAGCACCCAACCCAUCGCGCACCUCCGCGCGAGCUUCGAGCCCCAAAGCGCGGGGAUCGUCAUCCCGACCAGCGACAAGACCGUGCGGUACGCGGCGCACCUGAUCGGGGCGCUGCGGACGGUGCUGCACUCGACGCUGCCGAUCCAAGUCGUCUACGCGGGCGACACCGACCUCUCGCCCGCCCACCGGGGCCUCCUCGCCACGCUGGCCGGGCCCGACCCCGCCGCCGCCCCAGCGAUCGAAUUCCUUGACAUCCUGACCGUCUUCGACGACGCGACCCUCCAGCUCCGGACGGGCGGGUGGGCGAUCAAAGCGUUCGCGGCGCUGGGCUCGCGGUUCGAGACGGUGAUCCUGGCGGACGCGGACGCGGUGUUCCUGCAGCGGCCGGAGGUGCUGCUGGGGCACGAGGCCGUGCGGCAGCGCGGGGCGCUGCUGUUCCACGACCGGCUGCUGUGGCCGCACGCGUUCGCGGGGCGGCACGCGUGGUGGCACGACCAGAUCCGGCGGCCGAGCGGGGCGCUGAACGCCUCGCGCGUGUGGACGGAGGAGUACGCCGAGGAAGGGGAUUCCGGGCUGGUGGUGCUGGACAAGGGCCGCGUGGAUGUGUUGGUCGGCCUGCUGCAUGUCUGCUGGCAGAACUCGUUCGAGGUGCGCGAGGAGACCACGUACAAGAUCACCUAUGGCGACAAGGAGAGUUGGUGGUUUGGGUUGGAGGUGGCGGGCGCGGAGUAUGCGUUCUCGCCGCACUAUGGGGGGAUUGUCGGGUGGGAGAGGGAGGAGGAGGUGGAUGAGUCGGGGGUCGUGGUGCCAGGGACUGGUGGCGGUGGGGUGUGCAGUUUUGUGAUCGCCCAUGUCGAUGCCAGGGAUCGCUUGCUGUGGUAUAAUGGCAGUCUGUUGAAGAAUAAGGGCCAGCCCGGCAUGGAGAAUGAGUAUCAGGUGCCGGAGAAGUGGAUGAUCGAUGCGGACUGGAUCAAGGGGGAGCGGAAGCAGGAUCAGAGCUGCAUGGUCAAUGGGGCCGUUAGGGAUUUGACGGACGAGGAGAAGGGGAUCUUGGCGAGGUCGAUUGAAUUGGCCAAGUCGUUGGAUGGGUUGGUGCAGCCGGUGCAGCCGGGAUGA